AAGCUUGCAGGCUUCCCGCGAACGCUGGAAACUGAUCUGCUGCUGACUCGUGGGGAUGUUAUGUAAGCUGCGUGCAGUUGAUCGACAGAGACGCAUGCACUAAGCGAUCGCGUCGUGGUAACGCGAACUCGUUCGCGUUCCGCGUCCAAGAAGGAGGAGCCACGACGCCGUUGCCGUGUGGAUGCGAGAGCUGGUCGAAACCGAGGGGAUCCGACUCGGGGAGGAUCGGCUGGUCGUGUGUGAUCGGAUUACGUGCGCCACCGGUGCUCCCCGCAAUCUGUCUGAGGCCACCCUAUGCCCGUGGUUCACCUCCGACGAGCUGAUGAGCUAUGAAGAGGACACCAGACUGAGGACCGAGGACCGCGAGGAGGACGACGAUAAGGAGUACGAGGAACGUCUCGGCAUGUCUUCGGCUUCCGCCAACAGGCUACAAAUCUUCUGGGAUCACUUCAUCCACGCGGAACCGCAGAGUUACGAGAAAUCAUCCUGGCUGGACGUGUUCCUCUCGGAGCUGCUUGCUCAAGUUCGAGAAGGCCGUGACGUUAAAGAUGCCCUAUCAUUUUGUUCUGUCGGUGGCGGUGGAGUCUCUACCCUGAUUGCCUGCGAGCUGCUCUCGGACGUGCACGAGCUCUGCGCAAAGAGGGUUGACGGGAACGAGCUGGUCGGCCUGAAGAAGUACCUGUCGCAAGACCGUGGCUGGCGUUGCUUGGCGAUCCUGCACCUGCUAGGAGUGAGAGGUCUCUCCUGUGGACGAGAACUGGUGGCACUGCUGGUGGCUUUGUAUCCAGUCGCUCUUCAGGAAGAGAUCAGCAAGGACGCAAAGAAGGAUGAGAGCAAGGAUCCUGCGAAACCUUUAGGCGUUUGCGAGCCCAAUCCAUAUUUGAAGUUUCACAGCAACGACGACACCGUCGACACCGUAGUCAUAGUCCCGCACGCGAAGCGCAGGCCGAGCAAAUCCAGCCGGAACGGUGUCUGCCACGAGGGCAAUGCCGCGUCAAGGAGAAGAGCUAGUCGAAGACAGAGCGGUGCGGCCAAGGUGCCGGUCCACCAUAAGCAGAGAUCACUAUUCGGGACGUUCGAAACGCGGCGCAACACGCCGGAAACCGCGAGCAGCGAGUCCGAGCUGCUGACGGACGGCGUGGACCAGUCGCGCUCGCUCACCCUCAAGAUACGCCUGAACCCCAUGGACUUCGAGUAUUUCACCUCAGUCGUCAGGGAUGACGAGGACCAGAAGUGGCAGGCCGCUCUUUACGAGUUGCCGACCCGACCGGCUAAGAAGACGCCCCGGGAUUACAUCGAUGAGAGGAUCAAGGCCGUCUUGAACGCUAAAAUCAGCAACUUCGAGACCAGCCUGCUGAUCAUCCAGCUGCUGCAAGGCCUGAGGGACUACGACACCCCGGCGGAGCAGACUCCGGCUGUACAGGUGCUGAAGUUCGCUUUGGAUACCUUGUGGUCCCUUCAGUUUGGUAUAGACGGGACUGGCUUAUCCCGGACCGACUGUGCCACGCUGAAAGCAGCGGCUGCGAGGCUGAUGCUAACGGCGCUGGAACGCGUUUUGAGGGCCAAUGAGCCAACCACCACUGUCAUACACAAUGGACUAUUACCGAUGACUCUGAGGCUGCUGGAGGAUGCUUGCAGUAAGCCGGUGAACGUCUUCUCGCCGGAAGAGGGCUCGUUGCUGCAGGAGUUCAUCUUUGCCACUAUCUACGGGAUCGUGACCUUCCUCUAUUGUUUGCUGGACCAGCAUGGCGCCGCUGUGGAGAAGCUCUCGGACUUUCUCGAGUUGUUUCAAUUGUUCACGGAGAGCCAGGACGGCAAGCUCGUCGAGAGGACCAUCCUGGCGAUCGUCGUUCUGCCGAGCGUCGACGCAGUCAAGUCGAUAACACGUGCUAGAAAGGUGAUAGACAUGAUAGGCGCGCUGACCAGUGGUUUGAAGUCCGUGCGACGUGACAUUUCGCACGCAGAGAACUGCGGCCGGUCGAAACAUAAAUCUUGUGUCAUCAAUGUCACCAGUCAUCAUCACACCAACGUAUUCGGCAGCGCGUACGCGCAGCCGAUCGUCGGUGCUGUGAAUAAACAGGCCUGCUGCAUCUCUUCUCUCUUCAUGACUCUGACCAACCUCCUCAGAGAGUCCCAUCCUUUCGCGAGCGAGCUAGAGGUGCGGAUAAUCGAGGUAUGCGCCGCAGCAGGCACCUGUUGCUGUUUUCCGCCCAGGACGCUCAUGUCAAACGUCACAUCCCUGCUGAAGAGACGCGAUCCAGCGACCUACGCUCCAGCUGUCGCACUCCUCGAGCGCACCUUCUUUAAAGAAUUAGGUGCCUACUCCGAGUCCGACAUCUGUCCCACUUGCGACAGGCCAGCCACCAGAUCCUGGGACUUCCUGGAGCUCUACGGAGAUCUACUGACUCCCGAUGAGCCAAAGCUUUGUUACGUCGUGAUGGCUCAUCUUCUUAAGAUAGGGCCCAGCUCAAGAUUCCAAAUCAGGCGCGAGCUGCUGAAGUCCGUAUUCUAUCCGACUUUCCUUAAAGCCAAGUCCUGUUACGUAGCCGACAGGAGCAACGCGGCUGCCAAGUUCCUUGUCCAGUCCUGCCUCUCCGCCGUGUCUUGCCUGAUCGUCAAUACCCAAAUUUGCGAGUGGUUCACAGAAGCGAACGGAUUGGACGAAGUGUUGACGUUACUCUCAGACACGACCUUCACCAGGAGUGUGUACGCGCUGCUGGAAGUCGUGGUCAUAAUCGAGAUCUGGAAAUCGAGCUCCGCGGUCUCAAAUCCUGUGACAUUCGAGAGGUCCGCGCUAAAUUCUCUCCUCAGAUCUCUUAAGCAUGAAACUGAGGAACUGCUGCAAUCUCUAGAAGAUCUGGAUAGAGUCGAACACAGUCAAAACGGUCAGGAAACAGUCGUUGAACAGGGCGAAGCAGAGGCUUCCGUUAGCACGUUUCCAGAAGUACAGGAUCGUCCCGAGGUCGUUGCAACUUCCCCAGAACCGGACAACGAUGCGGACUCGUAUGGGAAAUUGAAUCUGUAUCUGUCGAGCGCCGUUUGGAGAGCCGUAGCCGGUGUUGCCCUCAGCAGCCCGAAGUUCCGGCAGGAGCUGUCCGUGCAUCCGUUAUCGGAGAAGUCCCUACGGUUGUUUAGAAUGUUGGCUGUGCGAAUUUGUACGGACAGUAUUAUGGAUACGAACAAAUCCGCGCACAGACUCUUCGAGGCUUUACUCACGUGCUGCCUAACGUCCCCGUUGUGUGGUUGCGACGUGGUCAUGGAGUUGAGAAGAGCACUGAUCGAGACGGGUGUUCAGUUGCGCCGCGGACUGGCUGUGAUCGUUGAGGCCUUGCUCAAAAUUUCGUUGUUAAAGCCUGCUCAAGAAGAAACUAUACCACAGUACACCCGGCACAGACUGCCGACCAUGACGAUGGAUGUGAUGCCGGAUUGCGCCGCAGACGACAGCAGUACGGGAGAAUAUAUAACCGCGGACGACGGGUAUGAAGCUGACAUCGAAGUACCCGGAGGGAGCCCUCGUGCCAACACAAUCAAAAGAGGCAACUCCCUGGGACCAAUGAUUGAGCCCAGAGGGAACGCAAACGCGCACCCUGCUCUGUGCUCUCUAGCGGUCGACCUGUUGAUCCAUUUCAGUGAACAAGGCUUGGACGGCGAUAGGGGGGCCAUCAUAACAGCAGGGUUGAGAAAAGUCGCAGCCACUUGCAGAGAAAGCGCCUCUAGUUGUGCUACCCUGGCAGGUUCUGGCGUGAUCACGAAAUUGUUGGCUGGUUUCCGGUACAUAUUCGCUAGCAGAGAUGCCAGAUACCAAGACUUGCGACACGCCGUGCUGGAGGUGUUCACUUUGUUGGCGUCACAGUCGAUUUCGCCAUCGGAACUGGUCGUCUAUCUUUCCCUGUUCAAAGUCGACACGCCUCCUCUUUUAUCGCUGCUCGAGUCGCUUUUUCACCUGGUGGUGGCCGCCCGACCGCAGCCGAACUUUAUUCUAUCCUUCCCCGUGCUGGCUGAAACAAAGGUGACGUUGAAAACCCAACCAGAGGAGCAUAAGAACCUGGAGAAGGCAGAAAACCUCGUGAGGAACUUCCAGAAAAGGCAUCUCGACUCUGGCGUCUGCAGUCCAUGGUCCGUCCACGCAUCCUGCUUGCCGAUUGGUCCUGAACUUGCUUGGCCCGUCUGGUUGCACGGCUGCUCGGUGUCCAUGUGGUUGAGGGUCGAAAGAGGAACGAUGGCGUCUGGAAAAGGGACGGUAAUCAGCACAUCGCCUUUACUGGACUCGGAUAACGAAAGCUUGUCCGACUGGGGCGUCCUGUCCGACAACUGGAGCCGCGAAGACCAAUCGAUGUCUGAUAUUUUCUCGGGUACGUCAGUCGUAGCAGGUUCGACAUCACCACCCACGCCGACGUCGAUCAUACAUUUGAUGUCGAUCGGGUUCGAAUCUCUGGUUCUCGAGACCUGGUUGGAUCUUCGAUCAGAUAACCUGAUCCUACGGUUAACACGACCGGACGAUAAGACAAAUCGAACGGUCUCCGAGACAUCCUUACCGGGUUUGUUUCCUUCCGGUCGAUGGCACCAUUUAGCAUUGAAUGUUAAGGAUACUGUUUUGAACAAACGUUGCGCGGCAAUGGACGUGACUCUUUGGGUAGACGGUUGGAAAGGGAUGAAUGCCCUGCUGCCAUUUGACGGUCUGUUGGUGAGAAAACCGGGAACUACGUGCGUCCUGUUGGGUCAGAUCGGCUCCAGCAAUAUCGGCGCCUGGUACCUCAGCAAUUUGAUGGUGUUCAGAUGUCCAGUGUUCACGAAAGAAAGAGCUUUGUACUUAGCGAACCUUGGGCCUAACUAUACUAACCUCGCCGAAUGUAUAUUAAACACCGAGAAGCCAGAUUUCGCGCCAUUGAUCGCGUCCGGAGCGUUGGAUGGAGUCCGAGAGAUUCGAUUCGAAGGCGGCAAGUUCGACGCGAACCGCAGGAAGUCUUAUGGUGGCACCUACUUGAGACACGCAGUGGAGACCAAGGUGUCCGACACGAAGAUCGACUGGGACGCGGUCAUGGACGCCACGAACUCUCACCUGGGUGAACUGCAGAACAACCUGUUGCUUAGCUACGAGGCUCAGAAUCCGAACAUCGUGCAUCUGUAUCCUCAAGCUAUUGCCAAUCCUGCGGCCGUGGUAAGAAAUCUAUUUCCGGGUCAACCAGGUUUCAGGGUUGUCUCCGCGCCGGAGCACAGGGUGUCGCAACAGCCGCCAUUGUCUGUGUCUCCAAUCCUCUCCGUACGGUUGGAAUGCCAACAGUACAGGGGACUGAUACCCGCGGCCAUCUUGGUAGGCGGUGUGCCUAUAUUCCUGUACCUGUUCGCCAGAGUCGUCGAGCUGAACUCCACCGAGGAAGAACAAGCGUUGGCUCUCUCGAUAGUUCUACACUUGAUACGGAACGAUUCCGAACUAUUAAAUCAGUACCGUGCAGAAGGCGGGACAUCAUUGAUUCUACGGGUUCUGGAAUCACCACGAUGCCAUGCGGGUAGUCAGAUGCUAAAAGCAAUGUUAGAUGCAGCUUGCGAUAGCUCGAUUUUGAUCAAAGAUAUUAGCAGUGGUAAUCACGUGCUCUCGCAGAGCUGUGAGGCUGUCAUCACCGAUCCUGAACUAAUUAAAGGUGUGCUUACUGCCUGGAGAACAUGGGCAAAAUAUGACGCCUUGAACUUGCUGCUGCAGGCAUUGCUCCUGUUGUUGAGGGACCAGCACUCGCAGCGUGAGUUCAACGCGUCGCAGUUGAACAGGGUCGAGAUCGUUGACACGAUCCUAACGCUGUGCAAGGAACAUUUUUUGUAUGAGGAAUUGGGCGCUGUAAUCGAUUCCACGACGGGAACAGCAGUCGUAGAGCUGAUCAGAGCUCUGAUGGGAGCACCACCGGAGUUUGCUCACCUGGUGGCCAUCACUGAUUUCUUGGUUCUUGUUCAUCAGGCCUCGGAAACAUACAUUACCCAUUCGAGACACAACAUAUACUUUUUGUUGCCAUCGCUCGGCCAGAAGGAGAUAGUCAAAGUGACGAAUGUAGCGACCACCAGUUCCUCAGAGGAGUCAGUUGGAACCUUGGAGAACAGUAAAUUGAACAAAGGCUUAACAAACGCGCAGAUCCAAAAAAACAAGAUCCCGAAGAGGAAGGAACGUCGUAACGGUCCGUCUCAAGAUACUAGCGCUGGGGAAGACUCCGGUAUCGCGGCUAGCGAUGGCUCCAAUCCCCUCAGCAACGAAAAACAGACGACGUGGACGGAUGAGAAGAAAGUUUGUCAAGGUUUGGUUUGCGAAGGUCUCCUGCUAUUACUUCGGGACGCGGUUCGAGUUCUACCUGACAGUCAAGUUGGCUCAGUGUUGAAACACGUUUUGAGAGCCGAGCUGCUGCUGGUGUUGGCCAACAACCCCGAUGCUAGAGUUCGCACGGCGCUGAUCAAGGUGGUGCAGAUCUACUUGCAACGUGCCAGCGACGAAGAAGUGAACAAGUUCAUCAAGCUGAAGUAUUUCAUGCACUUGGCUAAUCAGAUAGCAUUGUAUCCUGGCAGCGAGCCGCUGGUCGUGGCUUUAGAGAACCUAGUUUUAAUAGGACCAACAGUGGCAGCGAUGCCACCACUGAUGGCCAUCAUCGCCAAAGCGUCAGCCAAUGAGCCGAAUGUGGCCAGGCCAGCGGUGUCGUUCAUCACCGACGUAAUUGCAAAAAAGCCAAAUUCUCUAAGGAUGCUACUCGAACAAGGACUGAUCGAGUCGCUGGUGCAAGCGUUGGUUGGUAGUGCCCACAAGGGCGGUUCGACGUCCCUCUACCGCGAUAUCGUUGUACUGCUAGUAGCCGUCGCGUCGAAAUUGUUGGAGUCUCCGGGUAGUCAUCAGAUGCAAGCAAUCCUGGGUCUUCAUCUGAUCUUAAAUCACAUGGAAUUGAAAGAGAAAACGCAUUGUACGAAGACCAAGAGCUGCGUGUCUGUGGUGAGAGACGCGCAAGUCGCCCUCUUCGACGGCGAGCUAGACAUACUGUUGGCCAAAGUCUCGAAUCAGUCAGGCUUCCGACUGCGAAGCACGGCAUCGUAUCUGGCUUCGGCAUCGCACAUCGCUUUGGUGUUCACGACAUCCAGCGAACAAAGCGACCAUGGCUCCAGAUCGUCCAGCUUCACGAGUUUGCACCCACAAUCGACAAUGGCAACGAUACGAGAGCCGGGUAAGGGAGAGCUAUUGGACAGAUUUCGCAUCGUUUUGACUCGCGCAGUUGAAUUCAUAACGGCAGCAGACGAGUCACCGUCCGCUAACGAGCUUCAAUUAACAAAGAGACUGUUCUCGAUCCUCUUGCACGGCCUGUGCAAUCCUCUCGAGAAGAGGAACCACUGGAGUAGGGGUUGGUCGGCUCGACACGCGCUCAGAAACACGGCGAAGAUAAUGGUGUGGCUGCUUGCACCUCAUCAGAGCAACAACACAAGGAUAUUCGCUGUAAGAUCGCUGAUGGAGGAGCCAAAGACUCGUGACAUGCUAUCCUCACUGCUAGAGGUCCAUCCGCAAGUGGAGCAGAAGUUCACCGUGUUUUUCUGGGACCUGCUGCAAAGACGGGACGAGAUGCCCAGCGCAGACGCGAGAAUUUGCGCCGAAUUCAAGGAGGCCUUGAGCAUAUGGGACCUGGCAAAGGGCAUAGAGCAGGCCAGCCCGGGGAUAUGGAACGAGGAGCUAGCACUGCUUAGACGCGAGUUGAUGAGAGACCGGGAUAUUUGGAUCGAUAGCAAUCUGCCGGCGAUACAGAGAAUCGGCCACAGCUUCGACUUGGUCGGGAAGCUGUUGACAGAGAGUGCGAUGACCAUCACGCGGACGGUCGUCGAUGAACAAAACCAAGAACGGAAAGUAUUAAUGGAAAGACUGAAGCAUUCGAGGGCGAUGGAGGCACAAGCGGUCGCCAAGUGGAGAGACCUAGCAAGACGUUUAACACACGAGAGAGCCGCCUGGCAUUUCGAAAAAAGUUACCCGAGAAGCUGGGAGCUCGACCCUACUGAAGGACCAGCCAGAGUACGAAUUCGGCUGCAACGCUGCCAUCUGAACAUCGACAAGAGGUUCUUCAUGGCCGAUCACCAGGAUAAACUACAAGCAGCUGAGAUCGAAGCACCGUUGUCUUAUUUGUUCAUGACUGAUCGUCAAGACGCGAAUGCCUCGGCGUUAAUCGAGCGACUACACACCAGUGAGAGGAUACGCAAAAUGUCUCAGGCGAAAGUGGUUACACCUAGAGCUGAGAUGGCCGGUGAGGUCCUGAUCGGCGAGACUUGUCUCUACUUCGUACCUGACAACCCUGAUGUACCCUUGCACACCGACAUAGCUCUAGGAGGUCUCGAUUUGGCUAUGGUAGGCGGAACAGCCUGGCGUCUCGAAGACAUCCGAGAACUGCACCGGAGGAGGUACCAGUUGCAAGAGAGAGCCAUUGAGAUAUUCUUGAUCACCGGCAGAACUUAUCUACUGGCCUUCAACUCGUCGAAGCAACGGGACGAGUUUGCUAACGAACUGAACGCCUGCAAUCUGCCUAGGCGGGUACCCGGCGAUGACCUCAGCGAAGCCAUCACACUCUGGCGAAGCGGAGCGUUGACCAAUUGGGAGUAUAUCACUUGUCUGAACAAGCUGGCUGGUCGCUCUUACAACGACCUGAUGCAAUACCCAGUGUUCCCUUUCGUCCUGGCCGAUUACACCAACGAGAAGAUUGAUCUGAACAAGCCGAAGAUUUACCGGAACUUCAGCCGGCCUAUGGCUGUACAGGAUAAGAAGAACGAGCAGCAUUACAUCAACAACUACAACUAUCUGAAACAGGCAUUGUCAGAGGGGCUAAAUCUGAUCGCGUUAAAUCAAGAACCGUUUCAUUACGGGUCACAUUACAGCAAUUCUGGCACGGUGCUGCACUUUCUGGUAAGAUUGCCGCCAUUCACCAGCAUGUUCCUCUGCUAUCAAGAUGAUAACUUCGACAUCCCCGAUCGGACGUUUCAUGCACUGGCCACCACCUGGAGAUUGACCAGUUGCGACUCCACCACUGACGUCAAGGAAUUGAUACCCGAGUUCUUCUAUCUACCGGAGUUUCUUUUGAACUACGAGGGAUUCAAUUUUGGGGUCCGACAAAAUGGCAGUAGGGUAGGCGACGUUGAGCUGCCGAAGUGGUGCGGUGGAGACGCCAGGCUCUUCGUCCUUGCUCACAGGGCAGCAUUAGAGGCAGAUCUCGUCAGAGAGGUGUUACCCUAUUGGAUAGAUCUUGUCUUCGGUUUCAGGCAGACCGGCAAACCAGCAGUCGAGGCUAUAAAUGUAUUCCAUCCCGCGACUUAUUACGGAUUCAAUGUCGAGCAAAUAGCAGAUCCUUUAGAGCGUCGGGCGUGGGAGACCAUGGUGCGCACUUAUGGCCAAACGCCGGCGCAAUUGUUCACGACUGCUCACCUGCUGCCGCUCCAAAACAUUGGGAACACCAUUAUGCAUACGUCGUUGCCACAAGUUAUCGAGGGUGUGGAUGGUAUCAAAUGGGGAAACUACGUGGGCGCGCCCGGAAACGAACCGGUUCUCUGUUGGAAGCAUAAACAUAGGGCACCGCUAGCGAGUUUGGUUCCUUUAAUGACAGGGGACGUCUUCGGAUUGCCCAGUUACACCACCCUUCUGCUCGGUUACACGAAAGAGAAAAGCGCAAGCAUGUUGAGCGGGACAUCCGUCCUAGGAGCUGCCCUGGUGUCCUGGAGCGGCACGGAUGGUAUCGCAAGACUGAAAUGUAAAAAGGAACAACCACCGAGACCUUUGAUCAAGUCAUCAGGCCUCGACCCGAUCACUAUACUAGGAUCAGCGCCAGAUUGUGGGCAAUUAUGGGCAGGUCACCUGUCCGGCAGGGUAACGGUUCACACGUACACCGUCGUGCCAGGAAAAAUUGACUUCAGUUCCACGCCGCCAUGCGUCCUUUUGGCUCACAGGAGCAGAAUCACGACAAUAUCGCUUUCACGAGCGUUCAGUAUAUCGGUCACUGGUGACGCGAGUGGGGUCAUAGUUAUCUGGGACUUGAACAGUUUAACGUACGUAAGGUCAAUAUCUUCCGAGGAGAAUUAUCCUAUUCGUUUGUUGUCGAUCAGCGAGACCCUCGGUGAUAUUGCAGUCACUUACGAGACCAGCAAGACGGCGGAGAACGCGUCUUCGAGCCAGUCAGAAUUGAAAGUAUUCACCAUAAAUGCUAGACCGGUCGGUUCCGUUUUGUCUAGGAGAAAGAUCACAUCUCUUUGCUAUAGUAACGCUCCUGAAGGAGUGUCCGUGAACGUUAUCGCGACAGGAUUAGACAACGGUGUGAUAAGAUUGUGGAGCAGUUGGGACUUGAGAUUAGUUAGGGAAAUACUGAAUGGUAUCAAGGGCUGUGGAGCAGUGAUCGCAAUCGCAUGGGCGUUGGAUCAGCAUCAUUUGUACGCGGUCACGGAGGACUCGACCGUUUUGAUAUGGGAGGGGUCCAAACGUCUGAGCAACGGUACCCCGAAAUUCGUUAACUUAACGUCCCUCUAAUGUAAAUAAAAGAAACCAAAAUGCCUUUCGAAAUCAUCGACGAAACGAACGUAUUAUUUUAAAUAGAAAAGAACACGUUCAAGUUCGUAUUUUUAUAAUCGAUUUGCCGUCUCGUUUCUAGCCACAGAACAAAAGAAUUGCACGUUCCAAGUAUUAUUUUAUCGAAAUGUUCACUAAGAUGAUGCUUUUUUUUUGUUAUAUUUCUAGUAACGCAUUCAUAUCAUAUUUUUAUAUUUUAUUGUAUCAGAGCAUAUAAUUCACUUACUUAGGAGGUAUAUGUUUUGUUAUUGAUGUACUUGUAUACAGAACAAUGGUAAACCAAACAUAUACGUUUACAUCAAAUUGUUACACAUCCAUAGAUUUUUUAUGUUCAUAACAUUGCAACGUUUAUAUAUAUAAAGAUAUUAAGAACAUUUAUAAAAUAUGAAAUCAGAAUGAG